AUGGGGAAGAAACUCAAAGUCGGAAAGACCCGAAAAGAUAAAUUCUAUCACCUUGCCAAAGAAACGGGUUAUCGUUCACGUUCCUCUUUCAAACUUAUUCAACUUAAUCGAAAAUUCCAGUUUCUUCAAAAAGCCCGAGCUGUGAUUGAUCUUUGUGCUGCACCAGGAGGAUGGUUGCAGGUGGCAUCAAAGUUCAUGCCAGUUUCGAGUCUUAUUAUUGGAGUUGAUCUUGUGCCGAUCAAACCCAUUCCCAGCGUGGUGACACUUCAAGAAGACAUCACUUCAGAGAAAUGUAGACAGGCCCUUAGAAAAGAGCUCCAGACUUGGAAAGCUGAUGUUGUGCUGAAUGAUGGAGCUCCCAAUGUUGGUGCUAAUUGGCAACAUGAUGCCUUUUCACAAGCUCAUUUAACACUUAUGGCUCUGAAACUUGCCUGUGAAUUCUUGAACAAAGGAGGAACUUUUGUGACUAAGGUUUUCCGCUCUAAGGACUACCAGCCUCUGCUUUGGAUUUUUCAACAGUUUUUUAAAAAGGUGCAGGCCACAAAACCCCAGGCAUCCAGAAACGAGUCAGCUGAAAUCUUUGUUGUCUGUCAGGGUUUUCUUGCACCAGACAAAAUUGACAACAAGUUUUUUGACCCAAAGCAUGCCUUCAAAGAGGUAGAUGUGCAGGCUAAAACUGUAAAGGACCUUAUUUCUGACAAAAAGCCAAAGGCUGAAGGAUAUGCCGAUGGCGACUUGACACUUUUUCACACUUUCUCUUUGACUGCUUUUCUCAAAGCCGAAAACCCUGUAGAUUUUCUGUCUAAAGUCAGUGAGAUUACAAUCGACAACCCUGACCUCGAGGCUCAUUCAGCCACAACAGAAGAGAUAAAAGAGUGUUGUCGUGACAUCAAAGUGUUGGGGCGGAAAGAGUUGCGACUGCUGCUUAAUUGGAGGACUAAGCUUCGGAGAUAUUAUUCCAAGAAACUCAAAGAACAAGCAAAGAACCCGGAUCAGGAAAUAAACUUAAGUUCUGAUGAAGCUCAAAGUGACUCAGACGAAGAGGAGGAUAAGAAGAAAGCCGAGGAUGAGCCGGUGGACAGUGAAGAAGAAAUGGAUAAUAAAUUGGCUGAGCUGAAGGCAGAAGAGGUGUCUGAGCUGAAAAGAAAGAAGAGAAAGAUUCUGAAAGAGCGAAGGAAGCAAAGGGAACGCGUGGAGCUGAAAAUGGACUUGCCUGGUGUAUCCAUUGCUGAUUCGCAUGACGCCUCCUUGUUCUCCCUCAUGACUGUCAAGAAGAAGAAAGUGCUUUCUGACGUAUCUAAAGGAGACAUGCUCGCAGCUGAUUCCCUGGGGGACGGACAGGACGACAUCCAUCUUUCUGACCUUGACGACGACGAUGAUGAUGCAGAUAAAAUGUCUUUGGCCUCUGAUCUCGAUGAUGACGACCUAGAGGAAGUGCACCAGCAAGAAAAAGUGCUUGAGAAAAAAUCACAAAAGAAAGUGAAGUUUGCAGAAGAGGAGCCUGAAGAUGAUGGAGAUGAAAGUGGUUUGGUGGUUGAGUUGGAAGACAAAGAGGAAAAGACUGAACGAGAGACCAACUUGUGGUUUAGCAAGGGCAUCUUCUCUGAGAUUGAUCUGGAAGCAGAUGCAGAGGCAGAGGUGAAGCAUACUGAAUGGCUACAAAACAAAAAAAUUGCCAAAGGCAAGAAAAGAAAGCACGAAGAAGAGAAAGAAGUUUCUACAGCUAUAGUAGAUGAAGCUAAACCUGCGCCGGUGGCCGAGGACAGUCACAGCGAUUCUGACGAUACCGAUGAUGAAAUGCAGAUCACAAAGAUGAAGCAGGCCAGUGGGGCGGCGGGACUGUCCACUGAAGCAGAUGAACAAGAAUUUCAAGUAGUUCCUGUAGAGAGCACCAGUAAACGGUCUCAGAUUUUGGAUGCUGAGGGCUUGGCUUUGGGCGCACAGAUUGCAACAUCAAAAAAGAGAGCCAGAGAUCUUGUAGAUGGUUCCUUCCACAGGUUUGCUAGCUCUGAUGAACCCUGGGAGGUACCGGAGUGGUUUCUGCAGGAUGAGCGGAAACAUAGGAAAAAGCCAGUGCCUGUCACUAAAGAAAUGGUGGACGAGUUUAAAGAGAAGUGGAAGGAGAUUGAUGCAAGACCCAUCAAACGUGUUGCUGAAGCCAAAGCCAGAAAGAAGAGAAGGAUGAUGAAGAAGAUGGAACAAGCAAAGAAAAAAGCUGAGGCUGUUGUCAACACGGUCGACAUCUCUGAAAAGGAGAAAAUGGCACAGCUGAAAAAUAUCUACAAGAAAGCAGGCCUGGGAAAAGAGAAAAAACAAGUAACAUACGUUGUUACUAAAAAAGGAGCUGGAAGAAAAGUCAGACGACCUGCAGCAGGAGAAAUGCAGUUCCGUGUUCUCUUGAGCUGCUGCUGGCUCUGUGCUCUGGCCGCUACGGAACUACAGCAAGAGGACGAUGAAUGGAUUGACCCUUAUGACAUGCUUAACUACGACUCCACCACGAAGUCCAUGAGGAAACCCGCAGAGUCCUCCAACUACCCCAAUGUGCCCACCAAAAGAAGAGGAAACCCUGCGGAAACAAACGAGCCGAAUGAAUGCAGCCAACAUGUGCAGUAUUUACAGAAACAGAAUCAAGACCAUCAGAAAAGGAUUACCAUGUUAACUCAGCAGCCUACAUGUAAUCCUGUGUUCAAGAGAUUCCUCAGCAGAGUUGUAAAGGAAGUUGAAAGAGUUGGUUUGCCCCCUGACUCUGCAGAGGCUGUGUAUGAUGCCCAAAUAAAGCUUUCCAAACAAACUCUGGCAGAGAUCAGGGCUUUGUUGGAUGGUGAAGACAGCUGGAGGACUGGGGCUCUGGACAAUGCCAUCAGUCAGAUCCUCACUGAUCUCCGUCCACACAACUAUGAAGCCUGGAAGUGGCGUUUUGAGGACACAUUUGGUGUAGACCUUGACACACUAUGGAAGAGCACAAUGUGUGUCUUGGUGAUUGUUGCCAUCAUUAGCACUCCGCUGUGGUCUGCUGUCUCCUGGUUUGUGCAGUUCAGGAGACUAUUCGCUGUCUGCUUUGUGAUUAGUAUUGUAUGGAACUGGUUAUACCUUUAUAAGAUAGCAUUUGCAGAGCACCAAAGUAACCUUGUCAAGAUGGAUGUUGUUAACCAAAAAUGCACAGGAGUAAAGAAAAUUGACUGGAGUGACAGUUUGAAAGAGUGGUUUAGAACCACUUGGACCUUCCAGGAUGACCCCUGUAAACAGUACUAUGAAGUUCUCAUGGUAAACCCAAUAUUGCUGGUGCCUCCAACCAAGGCCAUUUCUGUAACUAUCACAACUUUUAUGACGGAACCACUAAAGCAUUUUGGUCAAGGAAUCAGCGAGUUUCUUAGGGCCCUUCUUAAAGAUCUACCUAUCCAACUGCAAAUCCCUGUUCUUCUUACUAUUGUGCUCUCCAUACUGGUGGUUAUGUAUGGAGGCGUGAAUGCAGCCUUCCAGCAUGGCAUCACUGCACCUUUCCGUCGUCAGAGAAGGGACCCUCCUGGUCGACUUGAGCCUCCUCCAGAGCGCCAUGUGCCUCGAAUUGAUGGGGGAGGGGAUGCACCGUUUUAUCAACCACCGCCACUACAAGAGGGGCACCAGGGCUAUGGGGAUGGAGGUAGGGAUGGAGGUGGGAACCAAGUCCGCCAACGCCCUUUUAAUGGUCAAGAGCGGAAGCAGAAGAUCACUGUUCAGAACGUGGGAAAUCUGGAUCACAGCAGAGAUGAGAUGGACGGAGACGCACAUGAUGCUCCCUCAGAAUCACAACUGCCCAGUAAUCAGUCCAGUGCCGAGUCUGAACCAGAGGGAAAUGUGUCCAUGGAACCGGCUGCAGUGAAUACACCUCAGGAAAAAGCUAAAGAGACAUUAAAUAAGAAACCUUCAGGUGACAAUGCAGAAAUCACAGAAGCUGCAGUAAAAGUGCCAUCAAAACAUGAACCGCCACAAAUGAAAGUAGAACGGAAACAAGAUUCAAGUGAAAACGAUCGAAGUCCAAAUGUGCAACUCAUCGAAAGCAUUGGACAUCCUGUCCAGGAAACAGCACCAGAAGCUGUGCCGUAG